CGGGCCGAUUCAAACCCCCUUGUGAGGAAAGAGUUAACAGGCAUGGUUGAUUUAGACUAGGGAUAGAAAAAUAACUUAGAAAGAAAUAAGGCAGAAACCAGACUGCUAGUAGAUUAGAAAGUAACGAUAUAAGAACAGAGAGAAAUUCUAGAUAAAAAGUAGCAGUAGAAAGACUUCAGCAGGAUAUAGUAAAGAAAUUAGAACGAAGGGGAAAGGGACACGAAGUCACGCUCAACUACGCAUGCUUGAUGAGAUCACAUGAAUAUGUACACACACCCACUAUGACAAGAUGCCUAAUUUAAAUGCACAUGCGAUGCAUGAUAGGGGAGGUGUCUUUGACGUUAGGUGGGCGUUCCCAGACGUUCUCGUGGGAAACAGGGCUUUAUGUUAUGAUUGGAAGAAGCUCAAUGGGGAGGGAUGAGAAUGUGAUAAUAAUGAAAUGAAAUGUAUAAAGAUAAAAAGCAUCUCCAUCUUCGGUGUGCCUCUAGGGGACAUCAGAGGAGAGGCACCUAUUCUGCAGAAUAUGAAAUUAAUAAAAACACUUCUUUGUCUGAAUUUGUCUCAAGAGCAUUUGUGAUUUUUGAAUCUCACAACUUGGGGGCUCGUUCCGAGAUCCAAUACUCUAGACAGCUGACGGGAGUAGACGGACGAAGGGACGGUGCACCCUGCUGAGUUCAGCGGUCUCAGACUCCUGACACAGAGAUACAGACAGAGAGAGAGAGCCAGACAGCUUUACUCAGAGAGUGGUAGCUGUGUGGAAUGAGCUUCCAGUGAAGGUGGUGGAGGCAGGUUCGAUAUAUGGUUAUAUGGUAUACCCUUAGAAAGUAUUUGCUGAUGUGGACAAUUUGUUGGUUUGUUCCACAAGUGAAGAGAGAGAAAUACUUCAGAAUAUAAGACAGCAGAUGAUGACCUUGGGAAAGGCAGGAUAUAGUUCAGACUAGAUUGGAAAUUUUGAAAUUGUAUGGUGAAAUGGAAAAAGUACAUGUCAAAGAAGUUAAAUUAAAAUGCAGACCAAGCAGCUGAAACAGCAUCUGGAAAGAGAUGUCCAGGGUAAGUCUGAAUCGAUUUAGGUAUGAGCACUGUAGUGUCGUUUAUGCUGAAUAAGGUAAUUAAGAGGUUUGGUAAACCCACAGAAAUCAGCUUUGACAACGGAUUGUUUUCAUUUGAUGAAAAGAAUAAAUGGAACAUUGAAGGUUAAAAUAAAUAAGAUUUGUGUAAUGCUCUGCCAUUGGCACUGAAGAAAUGUUGCAUGCAAACUAACCAGCAGGUGACACAAUGGAGAAGUUCCUGCAAGGGACCGAGUUUGGAACAGUUACAGAUAGAAUUUAAAAAGUAUAUGAAACAGUUAAUAAUGAUAUACAAGUCUAUUUAUGAACAGGUAAAGUAAAAGCUGUCGGAGAUGGACCAGGAGGAAGGACCCUUUAAACCUGAAGACAAGGUGUAUGUAUUUAUUCGGCCAAAUUUUAGAGCAUGUAUUGGAGGAUUUCCCAGGUCACGGGGAAACGCAACUAUUACAGUAUGUGGAUGACCUCCUUUUGUCAGGAGCAAGAGAAAUGGAAGUGAGGGAUGCCACAAUAAGCCUGUUAAACUUCUUGGGAAGGAAGGGGUUAAGAGUGUCCCGUAACAAGCUUCAAUUUGUGAAACAAGAGGUAAAAUAUCUGGGACAUUUGAUAAGUGGAGGAAAGAGACGAAUAAACCCCGAAAGGAUAGCUGGGAUCACGAGAGUACCACUACCAAAGAAUAAGAAAGAGAUCCGAAAAUUCCUGGGAUUGAUAGGAUACUGUCGACUGUGGAUAGAUGAUUACUCCAGACAAGUAAAAUUCCUGUAUGAUAAAUUGGGAGAAGAAAAAGACAAAGUUCAGUGGACUCCAGAACAGGAGGUGAAAUUUGGGAAAUUAAAGAACAGUUUGAUUACUGCUCCCGUGUUGGCUCUGCCCUCAGUAGAACAACCUUUCCACCUGUUUGUAAAUUCAGACAAGGGGGUGGCACUAGGGGUACUCACCCAGAAAAGAGGGGGAAAUCGACAGCCAGUGGCCUUCCUCUCAAAAAUAUUAGAUCCAGUCUGAAGGGGAUGGCCGGGAUGCAUACAAGCGGUAGCAGCUACCGCAAUAUUGGUGGAAGAGAGUAGGAAAUUAACCUUUGGAGGCACUCUGGUUGUUUCUACACCACACACAGUAAGAACCAUACUCACUCAGAAAUCCAACAGAUGGUUAACAGACUCCAGACUUUUAAAGUAUGAGGCCAUCCUGAUGGAAAAAGACGAUUUGAUGAUAAUUACGGAUAAGAACCUUAACCCGUCCCAAUUCCUGUAUCCAGCAGAGAAACAGGGUGACAAGGAAGAGGGCCCAGUACACUGCUGUAGUGAAAUAAUAGAUUUACAGACAAAAAGUAGAGAAGACUUAGAAGAGCAACCUCUGGCUGAGGGCAGCCGGUGGUUCAUAGAUGGAUCCUCCAGGUGCAUAGAUGGAAAAAGACAUAGUGGGUACGGUAUAGUGAACGGGGAAACUAUGGAGGAAAUUGAAAGUGGCAGGCUGCCUGGUAGUUGGUCAGCUCAAUCUUGUGAAUUAUAUGCAUUAAUGAGAGCUUUGGAAUUAUUGGAGGGGAAGGAAGGAACAGUAUAUACCGAUUCAAAAUACACUUUUGAAGUAGUACACACCUUUGGGAAGAUCUGGAAAGAGCGAGGAAUGAUAACAACUCGAGGUAAAGAACUAGCACAUGAGCAAUUGAUAGGACAGACACUGGAAGCAUUGCAAAAACCAGAACAAAUAGCCAUAGCACAUGUGGCAGGGCAUCAGAAGGGUAACACCCUGGAGGCCAGAGGAAAUAGGGCAGUGGAUGAGGUUGCAAAAAGAGCAGCCACAGAACAGAUGGUAGAAAUGAAGUCACUACUACCGUUAAGGGAACCAGAGGAAAAGAUACCUAUCUUUAGUGAGAAAGAACAGGAAAACAUGAAAGAAAUGGGGGCUCAGCGUACUUCAAAUGGGAAAUGAUGGACACCAAAUGGAAAGCAGCUAUUGAACAAAGAAAUAAUGAGGGAGUUAUUAGGGAGAUUACAUGGACAAAGCCAUUGGGGAACACAAGCCCUCUGUGACACCCUCCUCAGAACCUACGCUUGCUGUGGGAUGUUUACCAUGGCCAAACAGGUCAUAAGGGGCUGUGUAAUAUGUCAGCGAAUUAAUAAGAAAAUCAUGAGAGCAGUCCCAGGAGGAGGACAACCAUUAGCAGUUAGGCCCUUCCAAAGAAUACAGAUAGAUUUUACCGAGCUGCCCCGGGUACGAACAUGGAAGUACCUGUUAGUGGUAGUGGACCAUUUCACCAGAUGGGUAGAGGCAUUCCCCACGGCAACUGCCACCGCACAGGCGGUAGCCAAGAUAUUAUUAGAACAAAUUAUACCCAGAUAUGGGAUUGUGGAAACAAUAGACUCAGAUAGAGGGACCCAUUUUGCCUCAAAAACACAUGAAAUGAUAUGUGAAGCACUGGGAAUAGAAUGGAAAUUGCAUACACCAUGGCAUCCCCAGAGCUCAGGAAAGGUGGAAAGAAUGAAUGGCACUUUAAAGACCCAAAUUACCAAGUUGAUAGAAGAAACGAGACUCCCCUGGACUAAGUGCCUCCCGAUAGCCCUGUUGAGAAUCCGAACGGCACCUCGAAAAGACAUAGGGAUAUCACCAUAUGAAAUGUUAUUCGGGCUCCCAUACUUAGGGAAGAUAGAAGGAGUCCCAACAAUACAAGGGAACGAUGUGUUCCUGAGGAACUAUUUACUGGCAGUGCCCCAAUCUCUUGCAGAACUAAAAAUUAAAGGAUUGCUGGCCCAGAGCCCACCACUGGACUUUCCAAUUCACUCAGUCAAGGCUGGAGACUGGGUAUUAAUAAAAACGUGGAAAGAAGAAAUGCUGCAACCUAAGUGGACUGGACCCUACUUGGUAUUACUUAUCACGGAGACAGCAGUACGAACAAAAGAGAAAGGGUGGACACACGCAAGUCGAGUUAAGGGUCCUGUGGAGGCCCCACCAGACGAUAUCAGCCCGUGGACUGUGCGCAAAGGAGAAGAACCAUUGACUUUAAUAUUUACCAAGAACCCGCAGGAAAAAUGA